AUGCCGUGUGGCUUUUCUAAAAAAAGCGUUAAGCUUGAAUUGUUGUUGGCAGAAUUGGACGAUGAAGCCAUCGGCAAUUUAUUAGAAGAUUCCGAUAUUGGGGACUUCAUACCUUCCGAUGAUGAUUUCCACGAUCCGGAAUUUAUACGACCAGAAAGCAGUAUGAGUUCUACGGAGGAAAAAAGUGAUGGACCUGAUGUUAGUACAUCAUUUAUACAAGCUCGCGGAAGGACUUGA